GUGGCAGUAGGUCAUCAGACAGAUGGCUGGGAAGAGUCAGUCUCAAAGUAAGAAGCUGCAAGCUCCAGCUGUGAGCUCUGAGACACUGCUAAACAACUCAUACAUAGGAGCCAUCCCUGAACACUCUGACUCGGCCAGCUGACACAGACUUAUUAAAACCCAAUGAUCUACAGCAGGACCUGUUUAUUCUGAACAUUUUGGAAUCAAGGAGGAUUUGACUUGGGGCAUUUUGAGUGGACUGUAAACAAACUAUCAAACUAUAUUACCGAUUACAGUAUCGAAAGAUCACAUCGCCAGCAUAUUCCUUAUAUUCGCCGACAGGAGCACAGGCACCCAUGCUGCUAGCACCCACUGUAUCCAGUGAGACUGUCACAUUGGAACGUUUAGUAUCACUCUGAGGUAAACAGAUCCACUCACAGCAACAAAGCUUCCAAGUUCCAAUUCGUUCACUGGCCGUUUGAUAGACUUGUUCGGACGGUGACUCCCCCAAUAAUUAAGAUAAUUAAGGAUUUGUCGCCAGCAGAACCAGAAGAACUUGAAAGGCAACGCCAAACUCAAACAGUAUUACGUUUGUCACCACUACUUCACCUGGGUCAUUAUUCCUUCUUGUUAUCUCAAUAUACCUCCAGUCCAAAGUGUUAUACCUCCAUACCAUCACAUUAUACCUCCACUCUAACGCCAUCUACUAGUCCACGGUGAUAAACCGUUGUUGUAGCAACCAGGACAUUAAGCAGUCUGUGGCUAUUUCUCAGGGAAGCCGAAAAAAACAUCUUCAGCAUCAAUGGGUUCUCUGAAAAUAUGGGAUAAUCUACAAGCCGGCAGCUCAGAUGUGGACUGGUGUGAAGAUAAUUACAAGAUUGUGCCCACUAUUGCAGAGUUCUACAACACGGUGUGUACCAUUCAUAUAUCACAUUACCUCUGUCUGUACAGGUUGUCUCCAUCUGCUAACCUGUAGAUCUAGGAUUCCUCAACAUUCCUGGCUGCUAAACUGAGUCAAUAAGAUAAGUGCCUGUAUUAUUAGUUGUCUUCUACUGCAUAUGAAACUUGUGGAUGCUACUUUGUUUCACCUCUAUCCUGCCUUUUUGCUGCAUUCUCAUUCCCUCUGUUUAUGGACAGGGGAUGUAGUCUUUGGGUGUCACAUACUCAUCACAUGAAAAUGUAAGACGUAACCAUAUACUCAUCAAGUAAUAAUAGACGCCUUCUAAAUUGUAUAUCUGCCUGAUUUAUGAUCCUACCUGAAAAUUCAUACAAUUUUAUGGCUUUACUCCAACAUUAAAAUUAUAUUUGUAUGGGCAUAUUGUUGCUGGGUCCAGGACAUUUCUUCCAGAACUCAGAAAUGUUUAAUUUACUAGUUUAUGGUUUUCUUCUAAUUUGCCAUAAUUCAGAUACCUGGUUGAACACAGGUGAGUCAAUAAACAAUCUCUGUAAUUCUGGACAAGUUAGGGGCGCUUUAAAGAUUAGAACAAUUUAAUUAUAUGGAAAGUUCAGGAAGUGCUAUUAAAGUUUGACAUUAUCAAAGUCAGCUCAUAGAAAGUCGUCGUCAUGCUUAAGAUAACAUAAAUCUUGCAUUCAUUUUUAAAACCUGAUAUGAGAAAAAUUGUAUUGCAAGGUUUAUCAUUAGAAUAUUACCUAAAAUCACAAACAAAUGCUCUAGAUAAUUUAUAAAAAAAAGAUUACUUUUGUACUGUAUAGAGUAUAUGUAAUUUGCAAGACAGCGCUUGAAGGAAGCUAACAUGUAUUUUUAAGUGUCUGGUAGUGCCAUGUAUAUUAUAUUUAUUUUCUAUGAUUAAAAUGGUUUUAAUGAACAAGAAUGUAUGUAAGGUUCCUGUUCUAAAUAAAAAUGGUAGUGAUUUAAAGAUCCACACAUUGGAGGAUAUAAAGAAAUAAUGAUAUAAUACUAACAGAUUUUUUCACUAAAGUAAUAAUUUUGGGGAAUUUAAAGUAUUUUGUCAAAUUUAAACUGAAAUAGCCAAAUUAGAAAUAUAAUCCCCAAAUCAAUUCUGUUUUAAUUUGGCCUAUUUUGUCUUUAAAUUUGAAGUUCUAUUUGAAUUCCGAGCAUUUCUCACUUUAGUGAAUAACUCUGUAUGAAACUUUUGGUGAUAUUGUUACUCUUUUUUACUCUACAGUGGUGUCACGUUAUCACCCGGCCCAACACACAGAUCGCAAGUCACACCUAGUUAAGGCAGAUGUAGAAAAAACACAAGCGUAUUACCAGUCCUUAAAAUUGAUCUUAACGCUACAGAAUAAAAACUGGUUAAAGAAUGGUCAGUGAGACAGGGUCAAGCAUUUCAGAAAGGAGAAUAAUCAUAGAUAAGCUGACAUCAAAAUAUAAAUUAUCAAUAUACUAAUUAAACUCAUUCUCAAAUCACUGCAGGGGAAACCACAACUGGUCAAAGCUUAGAAGGCAGGGAGAGCUUACAUGGGCCUAGGAAUCAUGCUAGGUUUGCGUCAUUUGUGCAAUGCCAAAUGGUGCAUGAACAAUGAUGAAGGAAUGAUGCAGGAGGCUGUGCAUCGGGAAAUGAUGCAAGAUGUUCUGGCAUCAUAAAUUCACGGUUUAAAGCGACCAGGAGGUGGCUGUCAGUGACAGGAUUGACAUGUAAGUGUCACUAUGGGCAUCAAAAUCUGCACGGAUAUGGCAGGAACCGUAACAGCUAUGCAUAAAGAUGUCUGAGUGAGCUUUAAUCAGACAAUCAAUAAAAACUGUCUGUAACGGAGCUCCCUGUACCCCUGGCUGAGUACCUCCGCCAAGGACCACUUCCUAGCUGGAACAGGGGACAAACUGCAGCACUUCUGCCCAAAGUCGCCGUGGCUUGACUGGGGCCCUGGAACCACUCUUUCCUGGAGCCAAAUUGGGAAUUCAUUCUAGACACCCCCAGGCACUGGUCGACACUCAGUGCUAGGAACUCUAGUCCUUACAAGGACUUUCCCAAUUGAAUCCCCUGCAAUCUGGAACAGCAGACACAGGGGUUAAAUCUUCCUUCCCUCCAAUAACAGGACGACUCACAGUUUUGGAGUGCAAGCUGGAAUGCCUUAAUGGCAGCCACAACUGGCCUUAUAUGCAUCUCCCCAUGCAAGGGCCCCCCCCACCCCCCUUGUGGGGGACUGCAGCACAAAGUCAUAGACUAAUGACAAGGGUGUUUAAAUACAUGACACUCCCAUAUACAAGCAUACAAUCCCUCCCCUCUGCCUGGGAGAUAAUUGGAUCAGUUACUUUACUAAUUGUAAUCUAAUUAUCUCCAAGCACAGAAAAAAAACACACUUUUUCAAAACACCCCAAUAUUACCCUAAAAUACAUUUAAAAAAAAAUCACCUGAUAGCCCUGAUCUGGGUGACCAACAUAUCCAAAAAUCACCCAGAUCAGUUCAGGGGUACAGGAAUUUCCUGGAAGUCAUUUAUUUGACCGACUGCAGGCAUGGUCCCAUGCCCAAAACAGUUCCAGAGGAUCAGGGCUUGCGGUCGGUCUAGUUCGGUAGUUUGAAAACGAAUAAACUACCAAACAGAGUCAAUAGUCUUACACUGGCGCUUGUUCCCCUCAUCCAGACAAAUUAUUUCACCGCAUAGUGCCCUUCUAAGUUGUAUAUAACCAAACACAGGCAAUGAUGGAAGUCCAGUGGUGUUCGGGAGUUUCUGUGUCCAAUUUUAGUUCCAUGAGAUUCAUGCCCAAACACAGCUGCCUGCGUUCAUGCGAAAAAGAUGGUUGUCCAUAGUAAUUGCGGCCACCCAGAUGAACAAUUAGAACAAUGCAGUGAGAAACGUUUCAAGUUGCUAAUAGGUGUUAACAAGCUCCAGGGUGGUCUCUGGUUCGAGUGGUUGUUCGAAGUGCCGCUACGAACCCCUUCGGGAGUUUGAAGUGUAGCCAUACAAGUCCAAAAGGCACAAACAGUGUCUUUAAUCAAAGUCUAUUACAGGGGCCAUAGUCUGUGGGCAGGAGGCUGGCAAGCAGGCUCCUCCAGGAGCUCUUGGCAAACUCAUGAAAAGGGGCAGUUUGUAACACGGUCAUUCAAUAAAAUGAUCAAAAACUGUACACAUUAGUUGUUAUUUCUAUGUAUAAUUUGUGAUAAAAUAAGAAUUAGGUCAGAUUUCUGUUUUGACGCAGCUGACACAGAGAUGUAUUUCUGGCGGUAGUCUUUUUAUAUAGAAGUGCAGACAGUGGUUUCACCAUUGCACCACUUCUCAUGGCAAUACGUAACCACAUACAUAACAUGUGAGGCUUAGUUUAAUACAGAGAUUGCAGUUUGAAUCUCUGCGCUGUAAACAUAGCAAGAUCACAAAACUAGGGCUUAUGUUGAAUGUGAGCACAUUAAUGUGCCUCCUCAAGGCUCAUCAUACAUGCAUUGUAGAAGUGUUAUGAGCUUAUGUAGUCACACGGCGAUGCACAGACCAGAAAACUUCAAGCAGAUCUAUCACUUCAGAUUCUUCACAAAGUUUGAUCUAUAUACACUGAACAAAAUUAUAAACGCAGCACUUGUUUUUUUCCCCCAUUUUUCAUGAGCUGAACUCAAAGAUCUAAUAUUUUUUCUAUGUACACAAAAGGCUUAAUUCUCUCAAAUAUUGUUCACAAAUCUGUCUAAAUCUGUGUUAGUGAGCACUUCUCCUUUGCAGAGAUAAUCCAUCCACCUCACAGGUGUGGCAUAUCAAGAUGCUGAUUACACAGCAUGAUUAGAUGCUGAUUACACAGCACAAUAAAAGGCCACUCUAAAAUGUGCAGUUUUACUGUAUUGGGUGGGUUGGGAAUGGCACAACAAUGGGCCUCAGGAUCUCGUCAUGGUAUCUCUGUGCAUUCAAAAUGCCAUCAAUAAAAAUGCAUCUGUGUUCGUUGUCCAUAACAUACGCCUGCCCAUACAAUAACCCCACCGCCUCCAUGGGCCACUCGAUCCACAAAGUUCACAUCAGCAAACUGCUCACCCACACGACGCCAUGCACUCUGUCUGCCAUCUGCCCUGUACAGUGAAAACUGGGAUUCAUCCGUAAAGAGAACACCUCUCCAAAGUGCCAGGCGCCAUAGAACGUGAGUAUUUGCCCACUCAAGUCGGUUACGACGAAGUCGGUUACGACGAUGAACUGCAGUCAGGUUGAGACCCCGAUAAGAAUGACGAGCAUGCAGAUGAGCUUCCCUGAGACGGUUUCUGACAGUUUGUGCAGAAAUUCUUUGGUUAUGCAAAUCAAUUGUUGCAGCAGCUGUCCAGGAGGCUGGUCUCAGAUGAUCUUGGAGGUGAAGAUGCUGGAUGUGGAGGACCUGGGCUGGUGUGGUUACACAUGGUCUGCGGUUAUGAGGCCAGUUGGAUGGACUGCCAAAUACUCUGAAAUACCUUUUGGAGAUGGUUUAUGGUAGAGAAAUGAACAUUCAAUUCAUGGGCAACAGCUCUGGUGGACAUUCCUGCAGUCAGCAUGCCAAUUGCACGCUCCCUCAAAACUUGCGACUUCUGUGGCAUUGUGCUGUGUGAUAAAAUUGCACAUUUUAGAGAAGCCUUCUAUUGUGGCCAGCCUAAGGCACACCUUUGCAAUAAUCAUGCUGUCUAAUUAGCAUCUUGAUAUGCCACACCUGUGGAUUAUCUCGGCAAAGGAGAAGUGCUCAUUAAUGCAGAUUUAGACAGAUUUGUGAACAAUAUUUGAGAGAAAUAGGCAUUUUGUAUACAUAGAAAAAGUCUUAGAUCUUUGAGUUCAGCUCAUUAAAAAUGGGGGCAAACACAAAAGUGUUGCGUUUAUAAUUUUGUUCAGUGUAUAAAACUACUAAUGUACUGCUUUGGCAUGACACUGGUAUUCUAGUGCAAUAUAAGUAUAUACAAAAGGCAAACUUGAGAUGAUUGCAUGUUAUAUAUAAAAAACAAAGAAAAAAGUAACUUGCACAAUAGGAAACACGUGUGGUGGGCAGCAGCUCUGUAACUUGGCUGUGUAAUACAAAAGCGAAUACAAAUACAAAACAUUAAGCCCUGCGCUCAAACUCCCACUACUCUUGGGUGCAGCAUUGACUAUAACACACAUCAGCCCCAAUACGUACAAUAAAAACCAAAGAAAAAAGUUACUUGCGCACUAUCCCAAAUUCCUAUACUCAUUUAAAUAAAUUGAGGUUUUUAGUACCAAUCCAAUGGCCAUUAAGUGUAAGCUCACCUGCCACGUCAAGGCAAAAUCUCUUAGGUGAGUCCUACACUGACUAUUCACCAUGCUGUCUUCAGCCAAGAGGUAAAAUGAGAGGUAUAUUUACCUAAACCCCUAAUAGGGAACAUGUGUGUAACUGUAACAUGGCUGCGUAAUACAAAUACAGUCAUUUGUAGAUGACUAGCCAAUGCUAGUUUUCUACCAUUCUUCAUAAAAACGUCACACCAGGAUCAAACAUCAUAUGACAUAUUGAAAUGCGCAUUCAUUUUAUUGCUUCCAGGCAUCAUUAAACUUGAUUGUUAUAAACCUGUACUCACCGCCAAAUGUCGAGUUAUUAAACUAUCACACAGAGUUAUUCGCUUAAGUCUGAAUUGUCAGGAAUUCAAAGUAAACCUUUAAGUAAACUUUAAAUUUAUGCCAGCGUAGAAAAACUAAAGGCAUAGCUGACUUGGAGAUUGUUUUUACAGUUCAGCUUAUAGCCCUGAAAUGUGAAUUUAAUAAAUAUAUUCCACUGAACUCAAUUUAAAUCCCUUUCUCACUUUUCCAGUAACACUGUCUGUGCUGUUGCUUUGCACCAAGCUGCAGAUUAGCCCUAAAUUUGCCCUAGAUGGAAGAAAUGAACUGUAUGCAAAAGCAUCACCCUCUUCAGACAUGUGUUUGGAAAAUAUUUUGAUAAUUAAAUUGUAAAGUUUCAUGUAUUUGUUAAUUAACAAUGUGCACACAAAACCUUAGGGAGUAACACAAUGAAACAUGAGUUAUAGUCCAAAUUUACAUAACCCUUUUGUGCAAAGUUCUCUCUAUAUAUUUUUUCAUUGAACUAUUCCAUGGUAAAGUACAUUCUGCUUUACUCUUAGCAGUAUUUCUUGCAACAGGGCUUUGUGUGACUUUAGCUAACUUAGAAUGUUCUGUUCCUUUGCCAUCUCUGUUACAGAAUUCUCCACUUUCUAGAGUCUUCUUCCCUCAAUUCUCUACUUUUUUGGAUUCCUUUAACCCCUUAAGGACAUAUGACAUGUGACAUGUCAUGAUUCCCUUUUAUUCCAGAAGUUUGGUCCUUAAGGGGUUAAAUAGCUAUAAAUGAGCAAAUACCAAUAUUUCUCAAUUGGCAACAUGUUGGGAUGCAAAGGCUAAUGAAGUUAUGAGGGUUGCUUAGCAGGAACACUUACUUACUGGUAAUGUGGCAUGCUGAUCUUGCUUGGUGACAGAACUCUGACUUUAGCAUCCAUUAUAUCAAAUCAGAGCCAGAGAUAUACUUGUAUGCAUUACUUCCGACAUUUUAAAUGGACAAAGCGUGACACUUUAAUUUUAGGAAUGUGAAUGCCAGAGGCGGGUCUGUUCUGAGAAAUUUUAGGUGACCUACUAAUAAUAAUUUAAAGGAGCACUAUAGUGCCAGGAAACAAACUUGUUUUCCUGGCACUAUAGGGUCAUUAGAUCUCCCCCACCCUAGGGCCCCCCUCCCGCUGGGCUGAAGGGGUUAAAACCCCUUCAGCCACUUACUUAUCUCCAGUGCCAGGCUUUCUAUGGACGUCCAGCGUCUUCUCACUGUGAUUUUCACAAUGAGAAUCAUAGAAACAUAGAAACAUAGAAUGUGACGGCAGAUAAGAACCAUUCGGCCCAUCUAGUCUGCCCAAUUUUCUAAAUACUUUCAUUAGUCCCUAGCCUUAUCUUAUAGUUAGGAUAGCCUUAUGCCUAUCCCACGCAUGCUUAAACUCCUUUACUGUGUUAACCUCUACCACUUCAGCUGGAAGGCUAUUCCAUGCAUCCACUACCCUCUCAGUAAAGUGAUACUUCCUGAUAUUACUUUUAAACCUUUGUCCCUCUAAUUUAAGACUAUGUCCUCUUGUUGUGGUAGUUUUUCUUCUUUUAAAUAUAGUCUCCUCCUUUACGGUGUUGAUUCCCUUUAUAUAUUUAAAUGAAUCGUGGAAGCGCCUCUAGCGACUGUCAGUGAGACAGCCACUAUAGGCUUCAGUGAAACAUAGCAGUUUCUCUGAAACUGCUAUGGUUUCAGCUGCAGGGUUAAAACUAGGGGGACCUGGCACCCAGACCACUUCAUUGAGCUGAAGUGGUAUGAGUACCUAUAGUGGUCCUUUAAGCAGCUAAAAUGUAAUAAAGAGCAAGAACAAUGUAUCUUAUUUACACAUACUGAUUCCUAAACACAUUUAUUAUAGUUAUACGUUACAUUACUGGGAGUAUUAUUGCUAUGGAGCUCUGUUAUACACUCAGACACACCAACAAUAUGUAGCUCUUAAAAGAGGGACAUUAGGAUAGAAAAGAGGGACAGAGGGAUUUGGGUAUAAAAUAUUAAGUGUCCCUUCUAAAUAGGGAUGUAUAUUAUUUGUUAUGAGUCAUGUUCCCUCCUUUUCCUUAAUCAUGGGUGUUGUGUGCAAAUGAUGGUUUUAAAAUGCAGGGGUAUGUUUAUAUAUAACGUUGUUGUUUUAAUACAGAGGUGUGUUUGUAUAUUGUGUUAAUAUUUGAAUGCUGAGUUGUAUGCACAUAUACACAUACAAUGCCACACACACUGAUACACAUUUGCAUAUACACACAUAGACACACACACUGAUACACAGACAAGCAUGCAGAUACACUGAUACACACACAGACACACUGAUACAAACACUGACAGACAGAGACAGGGCCGACCAUAGGGGUGUGCGAGCUGUGCGGACGCACAGGGUGCCAUGGCAACAGGGGGUGCCAGGCGACCGACACAGCUCACACAUGGCAGUGAUUAUAAUAUAUAUUUUUUAAGUCAUCCAACAUUGUGGCGGGGGCAGAGCUUACUAUGCUGCGGGGGCGGAACUUACAUGUGACAGGGGUGGGGCUAAAAUGACGGCAGGGCGGAGGUAAAUGUGCCAGGUAAUUGCAGCAUGGGAAGCAGGAAGGAGUCCCUGCUUCCACAACAACCAGUCUCCAGGAGCUCCAAGGGAUAUGGAGGUAAGAUGCAGGUCAGUAAGCUGUCAUUAAGAUAUCUCCAGGAGCUGCACUGCCUCCACUCCUCUAUAAUGAACAGAGGUAACUAUGUGUGAUUGUCUGUCUGUGUGUGUAACUGUCUGCCUGUGUGUGUGACUGUCUGCCUGUGUGUGUGUUUGUGGCUGUAUGCCUGUGUCUGUCUGUCUGUCUGUCUGUGUGUGUGUGUGUGUGUGUGUGUGUCUGUCUGCCUGUGUGUGUGACUGUCUGCCUGUGUGUGUGUUUGUGGCUGUAUGCCUGUGUGUGUCUGUCUGUGUCUGUGUGUGUGUGUUGUUGCAUGUCUUCCUGUGUGUGUGACUGUUUGCCUCUGUGUGUGUGGAUGUCUUCCUGUGUGUGUGGAUGUCUGUGUGUGUGUGGAUGGAUGUGUGUGUGUGUGGCUGCCUGCCUGUGUGUGUGUGUGGCUGUCUGCCUGUGUGGCUGUCUACCUGUGUCUGUGUGGCUGUCUGUGUGUGUGUGGCUGUCUGCCUCUGUUUGUGUGUGGAUGCAUGUCUUCCUCUGUGUGUGUGACUGUCUGCCUGUGUGUGUGGAUGUCUUCCUGUGUGUGUGUGGAUGUCUGUGUGUGUGUGUGUGUGUGUGGCUGUCUGCCUGUAUGUGUGUGGCUGUCUGCCUGUGUGGCUGUCUUCAUCUGUGUGCAUGUGGCUGCCUGCCUGUAUGUGUGCCUGUGUGUGUGGAUGUCUUCCUGUGUGUGUGGGUGUGUGUGGCUGUCUACCUGUGUCUGUGUGGCUGUCUGUGUGUGUGUGGCUGUCUGCCUCUGUUUGUGUGGAUGUCUGCCUCUGUGUGUGUGGAUGUCUGCCUCUGUGUGUGUGGAUGUCUUCCUGUGUGUGUGUGGCUGCCUGCCUGUAUGUGUGUGGCUGCCUGCCUGUAUGUGUGUCUGUGUGGCUGUCUGCCUACCUCUGUGUGUGACGGUCUGCCUGUGUGUGUGGAUGUCUGCCUGUGUGUGUGUGUCUGUCUGCCUCUGUGUGCGUGUGUGUGUGGCUGUCUGCCUCUGUGUGCGUGUGUGUGUGUGGCUUUCUGCCUGUGUGUGUUUGUUUGUUUGGAUGUCUGCCUGUGUGUGUGUGUGUGUAGCUGUCUGCCUGUGUGUCUGUCUGCCUGUGGAUAUAUGCCUGUGUGUGGCUGUCUGUGUGCAUGUUGCUGUGUUUGUGUGUGGCUGUCUGCCUGUGUGUGUGUAUGGCUGUCUGUGUGUCUGCCUCUGUGUGUGUAACUGCAUGUAAGUGUGUGUAAGUGUGUGUGUUUAAGAAUGUAUGUGUGGCUGUAUGGACGUGACUGUCCAUCUGUACCUGUGUGUGUGUGACUUUCUGCCUGUAAUUGUGUGUGAAUGUGUUUAUCUGCCCGUACCUGUGUGUUUCUGCCUGAUCCUGUGUAUGUGACUAUCUGCCUGUGACUGUGUGCAUGUGGCUGUAUUUGACAGUGUAUAUGUAUAACUGUGUGCAUCUCACUGUGGGACUCACACAUAGGCCUAAAUGCGUAUUUUUAACUGAAUUAAAUACCCAUCACUAGCUGCCAGCAUGAGAGUGUCUGGGUCUCGCUGUUAAAGGACCGCAGCUCAAUAACUGGGCUCAUGACAUAUGCCUAUCGGUUGUCCCUAAGUGCAUUGGCCACUUGAUGGGUACCAUCGUCGUGUGGGCCCUGGUGCGAUAGUUCCGCUGCUGGUGUGACAUUAUGUGUACACUUACUGAAUGAUACUCUGAUAUGUUUCCAGGACCCUUUGGUAUGAUGAUUAUUAUUAUUUUGCUAAUGUUUAAAAAAAAAUUUUUUUUUAAAUGUAAAUUAAUUUUCAGAGUACAUUAAAAUAUUCCAUCUACAUCAGUGUAGUCUUUUUUUGGACCAGGGCACACUUUCAUUAUUUUAAUUUCUUGAGCGGCUUAUACAUGUCAUAUUUACUUGGAGCAUGUCUAGAGGGAUAUGCAUACUUCUUGCCAAUCUCACAGUUUUCGUUAAAUAACAGAUGGGAAUCCUAGUUUUAAUGCUGACAUUUUAUGAAGUGCAUUCAUCCUAUCACAGUAAAUGUUUUCAUGGCACACUUUUAAGGUGGCUUUAAAAUUAAAAGGAUCAAACCAGGAACCUUCAAAUCCAACCUUUAAAAAUUCCAGAAUAGAUUAGCUGGAAACAAAAUGCAAUUCUGGAAAAUCUUUAAAUUUUGGCCAGCAUACAUGCUUAGGUUUUAGAUUUUAUCUUGUGGUUAACCAAACAAUAUUCUGUUCACCAAAUCGCUAGUUAUAUUGAGUUACGAAUAAAAAAUUUUUUUUUCACAAAAGUUGGUUAAACUAUACAUUUGGAAUCAAUCAAUAAACAAUCAAUUCCCAACCCUAAACCCCAUACUAAAUGAAUUAGCUGUGUGUUACGUUAGCCAGGACUCCAUGUGUAUGUGCAGCUGUGUCGGACUCGGGCUUAAUAUGAUUUCAAAAGACGCUCAAUACUCAAAUUGAUUUUUACAGAGGUCUGGAUUAGUCUGAUGGUUUUUUUUUUCCAUCCUAUUGUGUUUAUGCUACAUUCCUGACACUGGUAUACAGCUCUGCCAGUUUAAUUGCAGGCCAGCUCAAGGGAAUUUCAGAACUUUCAUAGACUCGCAUUUUAAGUUGAAGUGUCAACAGUGACAGGAAAUAAUAAGAUUCUUCUAGUAGAUAAAUAGCUUUGUACAUUGGUAGCUUUAAGACUCCAGACGAAUAUUAGCUCACAAUCUGGGACAAAGCAAGCACUUCCAAACCUAUUGCACGACCUAUAAUAAUGUAGGCCAUGUUGUGGCAAGCUGUUUGCUAGAUAAUUACACAAUGGGAUUUCAUAUAUAGUUAUAAGCUUGAAAGAAGCUGCUUGAAGACAUAUUUUUGCAGAUACAAGUCAAUUUACCCUGACAGUUGAUCGGGCUAGAAGCUCUUGAUAACUACAUCAUCCCACAUGUCGCCAUUAGAAAUUGGAAUGUUAGCUGUCGGUGUGAGAUAGACUUCCAUUGUUAUUGCAGUGAGAUGUCCUUAUCCUAUCACUACAGGGUCCAAUAUAUUGGUUACUUGUAAAAACAGGAUAGAUAAGAUGGCAUGUGGAGGGAUGGCACUGAAAGGAUAUGGAAUGGUAUCAAGAAGUGAGAUGGGGUGAGUAGAUAGAUAGGAUAACAAAUGACACGGGAGUGGUUUGGAGAUAAAAUGAGGAUGUAAUGUAAGAUUAGAUACUAUAGGGAGAAAGUACAUGAUGCACGGUAUGUUGAGAGAUACAGGAAAAGUGGGGUUAGAGAGACAUACAGUAGUGGGAAGACACCUCUCAAUGUUAAUAAAACUCAAGAUUAAUUUUUUUUUUUAAUUCUUUUUAUACGUAUUAGGAACACAGCAAUAGAAAAAGAAAUGAUACUCAAAAUAAAUUGCAUGAGUUCUAUCACUGUUUGGUCACAUGGGUGAUAAAUAAUAUUGAGAGGUCCCCCAGAGGAAGGCUUCAUAGCCAAAAACUUCUGGGUUUUUGUUUCUCCUGAUCUUGGUCAGUAAACCCUUUUAAUGGGUGAUUGCAUUUAGCACUUUAUUACUGUGGUUUUUGGUACUAUUAGUGGGCUAUGCACUAUACUAUGCACUUUCUGUUAAGAUAUUCUGAUGCACUUUCUAUGUAUGAAUAAACUCUUUUUUUAUGUGCAAAUUGGUGUGAUUUGGGAUUAUUGUUAUUUCUGAUAAAUAAUAUUGAAAAGACAUUUGAGUUUAUAAAAGAUACCCUAUUUUUGGCUAUGACAAUUAACUUUUCGAACAGAAUACAAUUGGAGCAAAAUAUAUAUAUAUAUAUUUUUUUGACAUUAUUUUUUGCAGUGCAUGUGAUAAUAGAAAGGCUUGCAUAAACAUUUUACAAGAUUGUAGACGGCAAUAAAAAGGGGAUGAUAAAACAAGGAUGUCAAGGAUACUGCACUUCUUUUAUAAUAUAGAAAAUACAUCAGGAACAUAAUUCUAUCAAAUAGAACAGAGAGAGAAAGCAAGAUUCAAUAGAAUAGAACUUUAGGUCAUAUCACAAAAUAAAAACCACUGGAUGAUAAGAACUAGCUAGAGAUCAUCCAUUAGGGCCUAAGAACAUAAACAUUAGAAUACAGCAUAUGUUGUAAAGCAUGAGAGUUUAACUGAAAAUAUGAAAUCUAACACUUCCUAGCAAUCAAAUAAGGAGAUAAGAAUUGCUAUAUGAACAGAAGCCAAAUAAACUCAUGCCUUCAGAUACUUCCCCUGUAGAACAUGAGUUCACACAACAUGGCCUCAGCUGCCACACACGUCUGAUAGAUGCUCCAUGUGGUCUGAACACGUUUGGCCACAAGUGCUACGACCUGUGAGCUUCCUGGUAUAGGCUCCAAUCCCAUCCGCCUGUGGAUGUCAUGCUGAGGGAGAUUCCCCGUUAAACCCGCCUUCCAGGUAAGUGUAAGGAGACAUGGGUUCGAGGUCAUUGAGGUUUAAGCCCCUCCACCUGCUCCUCCGUCUGUGAUCUGUCAUGUGGAGGGUGCCUAAAAGAGGCCUCGCUAUGUUGAGUCUGUGAAGUCUUGGCCCGUUCAGUGGGAAGUCGAGGAAUCAUGUGGACGCACAAAGUCUGCCAGAACCGCGCGCACAGAUGGUAAAACUCCUGGAGAAGCGGGUCCACAAGGGAGGUGUGUUGGGAGUAGGCCAUAGAAACCACAGACCCAAGUGUGGUAGCCAUCUUAAAAGGCAGACCUCAACUCACUGAGUCGCUUAUGACUUCUGUGUGUCAUCAAGGAGGCCACGAGAGCUCACCAGUGGGGACUGGGAUGUCCCCCACCAGUCCAAGGGCUGAGGAACAGGGCCCAGGCACAAGGCUGUUGAUUCACCAGGGCAGAGGAUCGGCCACUUCUCCUGCUACCAGUAGAUCAGCAUCGUCAUGAGCUAUGCCCGCAGAAUUAGGCAUUGUGUUCCUACCAAGGUUAGAUAGACGUGUUCAGACCACAUUUGUGCUAAACUUGCACUGUAAAAAUCAAAUUUGGGCUUAACAAAUUACUUUUUCCUAAGGAGCUCCAGCCACAUGCGUCCAGCUUGGUUGGCUGUCAGACCCCGCCCCCCAGGAGCAAAAUAUUGCUCUAAGCUUGCUACGCAUUUGGGGAUAAUGUUGUGAAACCCUCAACCCUUUCUGAGACUACUGCAUGAUUUUUUGCACAAGGUAAAUUCUGGGGGAGGGUGAGGUCAAUACUGAAAAAGGGUAAUGAAUGGGUAGAUGUUGAGUGUUUGGCCACUGGAGGUUCUCUGAAGGCGUAUAUUUUGUGUUGACUGGUAUUUGUCCAGUGUAGUGUGUUUGUGAAAUUAGCCAUGGUCCCAGUCAUGUGGGUAUGUGGAGGGUGGGUAAAAGGGAAGAUAAAUUACCAAACUAAGUAGUGUGAGAAGAAAGGGGUAUAGAGUGAUGUAAAAGAUGUUAUAGAGGUAACAGUGAUUUGCAUGAGUCUCCAGGAAAGGAGGGGACAGGAAAGGGAUAGGUAGAGGGGAAACUAAUUGCCUCAGUGAAUGCGGCUAUCUGCCCAUAAUUCUCCUAAUGCUCUGCAUGCUGCGAGUGCUAUCCUAACUGCUGGUUUAUUUUAAUUUUUUGUGAACUGGUCAAGCGGCUUUGAAAGUAAGAGACCCAAGAGUCUAAUGAGUAGUGCUUGGAUCUUUGAUCAAAAAGGGUUGAGCUUUGAACAAGCCCACCAACAGUGCAAGAAAGUUUAUGUUUCCCCACAUUGUUUCCAGCAAAGGUCCGAUUGAAGUUGUGUCAUUUUGUAAAAUCUAAUGGGGUUUAAGUACUAUCUGAAAAGCAUCUUGUAUGCUUGUUCUUUCUAUGUAACACAAGUGGUUAGCAUCACCAAAAUUUUCCAAAUCUUGGACCAAUGUUCGAUUCUUCAUGGGCCCUAUGUCAUGUUCCCACACAGUUAUGGAUGGCCAUACAGUUUGUGUGGGGUAUGUUGUUCGCAUGAUAUAUAGGGUGGAAAUUUGCCACUUUCUGUCCUGGUGCCAAAGGACAGUGUCAUUGAAAUGGUGUGGAUGAGGAGGUAAGGGGGGUAUGAAGCAAAAUAAAUCUGACAUGGUGAGUUAUGCGUGGUAAGGAAGGUCUGCAUACUCUAUGAUUUGAGAUUGGUGGUAGAGGUGCAUAAGCCUGGUUAUGUCCCUAUCCUUGUAAUGAGCAAAAGGACAAGAUCAGGAAUGUUCCUCAGAAUCGAUGUGAGGGGGAAGUGGAAUGAAACUUAAUUUUUGACUCUGUCCCAUAAAUAGACUGAAUGAGUAAUAGUUGGCAUUGUGAUUGGGGGUAAAUAUCUUAGAAUAUGUGGAUAAAGCUCUGUGAAUCUGUAUAGGGAUGAUCCCAGCCAAACUCCAGGUCCUCACAAUGUUUGUGUUCAGGUCGUACAUGUCAUUGCUGGCUCUGAGAAGGUUGAACAGCUUUGUAAUAGUUCAAAAAGUUUGGGAUUCCCAAUCCCCCAUGUGUUUUAUGGGCAUACAUAGUGGAUAAGGGAAUUUGAGAUCUGCUAUCCUUCCUGGUGAAGCCGUCAAUAGCAGAUUGUUGACCUUUAAACUCUGCUCCUUUGUGGGAGAGUUUAAAAAAGAAAAAUAAAUCUUGGUAGGAGGUUCAUUUUAAUCGUGGCCACCUGUCCCAGCCAGGAAAUGCUUAGGUUACCCUAGCAUUUUAAAUUAGCAUGAGCAGUUUGCAAAAGUAGGGGUAUAGUUUAAAUCGUAGUGGGUAGCGAGUUCUGAAGAGAUCUUAAUCCAUAAGUAUGUAAUAUUAGUUGUUGCAAAUCGGUAGGGAAAAGUAGCUCUGACCCUUUGUAGAAGGUGUUUCUCAAAUGCAAUUAGGAGUAGUUAAUUUGUAGCCUGAAAGUGCUGAAUAUUCGUCUAUCAGGGUGAGAACAGGGCCGGACUGGGGAUACAAAGCAGCCCUAGAAAAAAAUAAAAAUCUAUGCCAGCCCCAAAAGUCAUUGCGCCAUAUAUUGUCGCAUGUAAUAUGUAAGGCAAUGUCUUGCCACCCCAGAUAAUUGAGUAAUAUAUACAGUUGCAAGAAAAAGUAUGUGAAACCUUUGGAAUGAUAUGGGUUUCUGCACAAAUUGGUCAUAAAAUGUGAUCCGAUCAUCAUCUAACUCACAACAAUAGACAGUCACAGUCUGCUUAAACUAAUAACACACAAAGAAUGAAAUGUUGCCAUGUUUUUAUUGAACACACCAUGUAAACAUUCACAGUACAGGUGGAAAAAGUAUGUGAACCCCUAGACUAAUGACAUCUCCAAGAGCUAAUUGGAGUGAGAUGUCAGCCAACUGGAGUCCAAUCAAUGAGAUGAGAUUGGAGGUGUCGGUUACAGCUGCCCUGCCCUAUAAAAAACACACACCAGUUCUGGGUUUGCUUUUCACAAGAAGCAUUGCCUGAUGUGAAUGAUGCCUCGCACAAAAUAGCUCUCAGAAGACCUACGAUUAAGAAUUGUUGACUUGCAUAAAGCUGGAAAGGGUUAUAAAAGUAUCUCCAAAAGCCUUGCUGUUCAUCAGUCCACGGUAAGACAAAUUGUCUAUAAAUGGAGAAAGUUCAGCACUGCUGCUACUCUCCCUAGGAGUGGCUGUCCUGUAAAGAUGACUGCAAGAGCACAGCGCAGACUGCUCAAUGAGGUGAAGAAGAAUCCUAGAGUGUCAGCUAAAGACUUACAAAAGUCACUGGCAAAUGCUAACAUCCCUGUUAGCGAAUCUACAAUACGUAAAACACUAAACAAGAAUGGAUUUCAUGGGAGGAUACCACAGAGGAAGCCACUGCUGUCCAAACAAAACAUUGCUGCACAUUUACAGUUUGUACAAGAGCACCUGGAUGUUCCACAGCAGUACUGGCAAAAUAUUCUGUGGACAGGUGAAACCAAAGUUGAGUUGUUUGGAAGAAACACACAACACUAUGUCUGGUCUGGACGGAUUGCUAUCAUCGAAGGAAAAAUGAAUUGCCAAGUUUAUUAAGACAUUUUGCAGGAGAACUUAAGGCCAUCUGUCUACCAGCUGAAGCUCAACAUAAGAUGGGUGUUGCAACAGGACAAUGACCCAAAGCAUAGAAGUAAAUCAACAACAGAAUGGCUUAAACAGAAGAAAAUACGCCUUCUAAAGUGGCCCAGUCAGAGUCGUGACCUCAACCCGAUUGAGAUGCUGUGGCAUGACCCCAAGAAAGCGAUUCACACCAGACAUCCCAAGAAUAUUGCUGAACUAAAACAGUUCUGUAAAGAGGAAUGGUCAAGAAUUACUCCUGACCGUUGUGCACGUCUGAUCUGCAACUACAGGAAACGUUUGGUUAAAGUUAUUGCUGCCAAAGGAGGUUCAACCAGUUAUUAAAUCCAAGGGUUCACAUACUUUUUCCACCUGCACUGUGAAUGUUUACAUGGUGUGUUCAAUACAAACAUGGCAACAUUUCAUUCUUUGUGUGUUAUUAGUUUAAGCAGACUGUGAUUGUCUAUUGUUGUGACUUAGAUGAUGAUCGGAUCACAUUUUAUGACCAAUUUGUGCAGAAAUCCAUAUCAUUCCAAAGGGUUCACAUACUUUUUCUUGCAACUGUAUAUAUAAUAUAUCUCAAAUAUAUAUAUUGCUUUUUCUUAUAUAUAAUAUCGGUCCUUUCAGAGUAAAACGUUUAAUUAUACAGUAAGCAUACUCACAUGCAGACAUAGACAAUCUCACUGACACAGACAAGCUCGUUGAUACACAGCCUUAAAAACAAACAAACAAACAAACAAACAAUCUCACUGAUAUACAUAAGCUCACUCACUAGCAGGCGAGCACACACACAGCUUAAUGUAGUGGUUCUAGUGUCUAUAACCUGUCCCUGCAGGCGUUUCAAUGUAAACACUGACUUUUCAGAGAAAUGGCCAUGUUUACAUUGCUUCCUAGUGACAGUCACUCAGACGGUCACUGGAGGUGCUUCAUGUGUCAGUGUUGCACAGUGUGCAGCACCUACGUUCAGGGCCACCACGCUCUGCAGUCGCUGAACGUCACCCAUAGAGAUACAAGAAGCAUUGCCUGAUGUGAAUGAUGCCUCGCACAAAAGAGCUCUCAGAAGAGUCUGGCCCUGGACCGUGAGAACAGUUUUUAUUGACUCUUUUGGGUUCAUUAGUUAGGAAAAUGUUGUCAGCAUAUGCUGUGACUUUAUAAUCUUUUCCCCUAAUAUGAAGAAGAUGAAUUUUUAAUGUCACAUUAUAGAUUAUAUGGUUUAAUAUACCGUAUCAUAAAUUAUUAUACAUUGCUGAAAAUGCUCAAAAACAUUUUGAAAAACACAUAUUUAGUUUCACAAGCUCUGUUGAAUGAAGCAGUUAUGUGAUAUGUCAGGUUAACUUUAAUAACAUGAAUUUAUUUGUACACAGGUAACACAUAUGAUGUCAGAGCAUUAUAAAACUUUUACAACCCAAUAGACGUCACAUUCUUAAAAAUAAAAAAAGGUUCUGUCACAUUUGUUGUAUGAGUAUUCAACAAAACUUACUCAUGUUAUAAUUAUGUUUAAAGGCAUACUCCUUAAAGGAACACAAUAAUCACCCAGACCACUUUAUCCCAAUGUUGUACAGUUGCCCUGUAGUUUUAUUUGCAAUGUAAAAACAUUGCUGUUUUGUAGAUACAUCAAUGUUUUUAUUGCAGGGCUAAGCACACAUAUACUGACUAUUUUCCUGGCAGCCCAUAGAGAGUGCUUUCACUUCAAUAAUAGAGUCAGAUGACGUUAUGUGACAUUGUAUGUCUUCUUGAGCUUUAGUGCAGAGUGGGAAACUGCAGUGAGUCUUGGCACUGGAAAAAGGUGAGUUAUAUUUUUUUUCACCCUUUUUAAAAUUUAGUUUAGGGAGGCUUUGAAAAAAAAAAUGCAAUAAAAUAUACUCGUCAUCUUCAACAGUUUCCUCUCGACAGCCGCUUCUCCUUAUCUGAGAUCAUUAUAAUUGAGGAUCUUUGUCCAAUUCAUAAAUCCAAACAUUGGACCUAUUUUGCAUGACUGACAAUAACUUAGUCCUGCCAGUUUAAUGGUUCUCUUAGAGAAGGGAAAAUAUUGAUGAAAGAAGGACAGAUAAGGAUGAAAGAGGAUGGAUUGGACAGAGUUAAGACCUAAUAGGUCACACACAAUAAUAUCCAGAUAUAUUUGUAAGGAUAGUGAAGUGACAAGGUGGAUUUAUAGGUGCAAUGAUAUUUUUGGAAAUCAUAUAAUACAAUAUUAGAGACAGGGAAAGUGGACCAAGAGCAAGUUGUUAUGGUGCUAAUAGUUUCCCUUUAUAUAACAUUUAUUCUUACAUAAUUCUUCUAUUAUUUAAUUUUGCCUCUGUUGAACAGCUUUGUAGUUCAGUUCAAAAAGAAUAGGGAUUAGCAUUUAAAUUGGAUUUUACCCAUCGCAAUGAACAGAAAUUUGACUUCUAAAGGUUAUUUGCAUUUAUUAUUGUUUAUAUUUCUGUUCAUUUUUAUUUGCAUAAAGUAUAUUGUAUUGUACAAAAUAUAUUGUAUUUUCUUUAUGUAACUGAGUUUUUACAAAUUCUUAUGUCUCUUUUAUUGUUCUAGAUAAGCAACAUUUUGUUUUUUGUGUUGCCACCCAUAUGCAUGUGCCUAUUCCGUCAAUAUGCCACCUACUUUAACAGUGGAAUAUAUCUGAUCUGGACGCUGCUUGUUGUCGUUGGUAAGUAUGUCAGUGGGUGUCAUCUGAAUGUGAUACGUAUGGGAAAGCAAAAUGAGUUCCUGGUUACUUCCUGUACUGUACAGUACAUUUUGACAGAGCACACAGAUUAUGACGUCUAGCGCUGAGCCAGAUUACAGUUAGCAGUGUGCCAAAAAUGGUGAACCUACAGGAACAUUCGUGUUUACAUCCUGGACUUCAAGAUAUAACAUUCCUUCUAAACAAUUGUUUUAAUUUUGUUUGACUUUAAGUUCCAGCAAUUGAGGAACUCAUUCAUGUAAUAAACGUGCAAUUAACCCACAUGCUCCAUAAUGUUUACGUUAGUAAAAUUCCUUUCCUAAGAAUCUUGGAAUUCAAAAGUCAUUUGUAAUAUAUAUAUUACGUGUGUUCACAAGCAUUGGCUUUAAUUCACUGCUUUUUCACUGCCUAUAUUAUAAGUUGCAAAUAAAUUAAUCAGACCUUUGCUAAUAUAGGGGAGAUGAGCUGUUUGGAUGCUCAAAACCAAAUGGUAAAAUCACCUUUCAGGGGUUUCCACAAUAUAAAUAGCACUCCGUGCUGGAAUUUGCCCAUUCAUUAAAAUAUUUUUUAUAAAUUCAUGUUAUCAGUACAAGAGAAUUCAACAUUUGAUUAAAAUACUAAAAUUUAUACAAUAAACACAUUUUAAUCAGUCAUGAGAAACUUUAUUCAAAUCUAUGAUUUGAUAAAUUGCCAUGUUCGGGGUUAAAAGAUAACGCUUGAAAGUAAAGUGGAUAGUGUGUGUGUGGGUGAUUUUAUACCUUAGCACGAGAGAAGAUUUAAAAAAAAAAAAAACAACAAAAAAUGUACUCUUUUUUAAUAUGUGUGUAGAUAAUGCAUUUAAAAUAGGAAAAACAAUAAAUCCAAUAUAAUAAAAGAUAAAAACUCUAACUUGUGCAAAUCACCACUUAGAAGAUAAUCAACAUUGAGCCUUGCAGUUCUCAAUGGAUUGGGUAUGCCAACCCAACUUUUAUGUGCCUCUCAUUUGGUCUAAGAGUCUGAAAUUUAAAGGGCAAAUUGCACUGCAAGGGUUAUAGUGUGUGGGUUUGGGUCUCAUGUGCGCAGUCUCCUAUCAAUUUAUGAAAGACGUUAACUGUUGUUGUGUCAAAUCAGUGAGAGUGUCUGUCAGUGAGUGAGUCUGCCAGUGUGUGUCAAAUCAGUGAGAGUGUGUCCAUCAGUGAGUGUAUGUGUCAGUGUCCUCUGUAUGUAAAUAUACAUGUGUCCGUUUCCUCUGCGUGUAAUUGUGUGUAUCAGUGCCCUCUGUGUGUAAAUGUGUGUGUGUGUGUGUGUGUGUGUGUGUGAAUCAGUGUGCUCGGUAUGUAAUGGUGUGUCAGUAUCAUCUGUAUGCUACUCUUAUGGGUGUAUUAUAUUUUCAUUUUGUGACUUUUAUAUUUCAGAUUAAUCAUUCAUACACUCCUCGUUACAUACACAAUAUUCUCAACAUGUCAUAUUUAUCUUAAAAAUAUACAUAAAUACCUUUAAUCAGGCUUUUAGUCCAAUAUGGGAAUAACUUAAAGGAGCACUAUAGGGUCAGGAACACAAACGUGUUCUUAACCCUUUAGGAUUAAAACCACCAUCUAGCUCCCCUGGCCCCCUCAUGCUUCACUAAAAAUAGCAGCAUCUUACUUGCAUUCAAGUCUGGAGCUGCUAGCUCUGGCUUUGUUUCCUUUAGACCUGCCCACUGCCUGCUGACAGCAGAAGUGGUAGCCUGAUCCAAUCACAAUGCUUCCUUGGCUAAGACUGACAAAGAGGCAGAUCAGGGGCAGAGCCAGCAUGAUUGAAACACAGCCCUGGCCAAUCAGCAUCUCCUCAUGGAGCUGAAUUGAAUCAAUUAAUCUCUAUGAGGAAAGUUCAGUGUCUGCAUGCAGAUGGUGGAGACACUGAAUGUUUGGAUGCAUUUUAGGCAGCAAUGACCCAGGAAGGAUCUCUAACAGCCAUCUGAGGAGUGGCCAGUGAAGUUAUCACUAGGCUGUAAUGUAAACACUCCAUUUUUUUUCUGAAAAGACAGUGUUUACAGCAAAAAGCCUGAAGGUAACGAUUCUGCUCACCAGAAGAAAUUCAAUAAGCUUUAGUUGUUCUGGUGACUAUAAUGUCCCUUUAAAUAACAGUGUUUACACAUUUCUUUUGGAAUUUAAAUAAUAGAAAUUACUUUUUCAAGGCAGGGGUACUUAGGAUUUUUUAGACAUGUGAGGUACUUCUCCAUAAAAGGUUGAGAAACACUGCUGUAAAGGAACCAUAGAAAUUGCACUUAUGCAGCAAUAAAGCUAAAUCACAGGGCAUAUAGUGAGUUUGUAUAUGCUGAAGUGGAGCACUAUUUAUUUUCUGAAAUGUUUUUAUUGUGUUUGUGUAGGCAUCGGAUCUGUGUAUUUCCAUGCAACCCUCAGUUUCCUAGGGCAGAUGUUGGACGAGCUGGCCAUCCUGUGGGUCCUGAUGUCAGCGUUAGCUAUGUGGUUUCCCAAACGACACUUACCAAGAAUAUUCCGACAUGACAGGUAACCUGCUGUAUGGCUAGAGAUAUAGUCCUCACACACUACAUAUCCUAACAUUAGACAGACAUCACUCAUGCAAGUUUUAAACUAUGUGUGACCAAACACAUGUGAUAUAAAAAUCAUACAUGUUACAGAAACAUUUAUAUUAUUUCCUACAUGCCAGUCUGAUGCCAACAUAGUUCAGCACAGUUUUAUGUAAGUUCAUGUGGAAGGUCCUUGCCUCCUACUUUACCUGUAUAACCUGUACAUAUUAAGAGUAUAUGAAUCUCAUCAAGUGUGCAACACUUUGCAGCACUGUGGAUUGUGCUUGCAUGUAUGAGAAAAAUAAAGCAAUAAUAUAUUUGAUACAUUCUUACACUCUUGUUCACUUUUGUUCUCUUUGGAUCACUCCUUUCUAAUGCCUGUAGGGAUGAGAGCAUUGUGACUGAACCACGCACCCAUACUUCCAUGGAUAGAGAUAAUAAUAGUGGAUGGGCAAUCAUUGCUGCCCAUUGAUUUUUUGGCAAAUGCUUUCAGUAGGAAAAGGCUGCUGGGAUCUCUCGUAUGGCAUUAAAACAUGGAUCAGACACUAUAGCCUCUUAAAUGAAAUGAAGCAGCUAGAGUGCCUACAGUGUCCCUUUAAGAAAAGGGAAUGGUCGCAAUCAAGGUAGGUAUCUGGGUCUUAUCUUGCCCAGUAUGGCCGCUCUGCCAUGGGUAAUAAAAAGAGAGUGAGCCUUAAGUGUAUCACAACUUUUAAACAAAACUAAAGCAUGAAAAAAGUAAAUUAAAAGUAAGAGAAAGGGGACAAGUCUCAGCACUAAUAUUGCUGUUUUCAGGUGGUAGCCAUGCCUGCUGCUCCUCGGGAUGCAGGAGUGAAUGGGACCACGGUAGCGGAAUUCCAGAUGGUGGUAGCGUGUUAGGACCAGGUCUUAGGGAGGACAGGAUAGCGUCCAUUUUAGACGCUUCUGUGAUUCUGUGUUCUGCACCAUUGUGCUGGAACAGCAGCAUACGAGGCGUUCCCCAGCAAUACUUCAAGCCUUGGUAUGAGAGUGUGGAUGUCAGGGGUCUCAGCGACUUCCUCCACUAUAGUGUUGAGCGAGAGAGGUCAACAUAGAACAUUUCUUCAAAGUGGUAUGGGGUCUUCCACCUGGUGGCUUGUAAGAUGGCUGCUCUGUCUUGCCCAUUUUUAAAUUUAACCAAGAGGUCACUGGUAGCUGGCGUAGUUUUGGACUGAGGCUUGGGUAGGCGAAACAUGCCAUCCAGCUGUAUACCCUUUGCUAUUUUAGAGGGUAAUAAUGCCAUAAACAACCUGCAUAGGAAGUGUGGCAUCUCUGCCAUAGUAGUGGAGUAUGAUAUACCCCUGAUCUUCAGGUGUUUCCACCUCCUCUUGCCCUCCAGAGAUGCUAGCUGGCUGUCAAAGUUCGUCUGAGCUGUGGUGAGGUUUCUCACCUGCUUCUGUAAGUCCGAGAUUUGGGGAGUAUGCUCUUCCACUUUAUGUUCCACUUUGGUUAAGAGGGCUGUGAACCCCCUGACAUCCUCCCAUACUUGGGAUAUGUCUGCAGAGAGGCUUUUUCAGAGGUCGGCCAGAAGGUAGUUAGGAUGGCCGUGAUAAUCGGGGUUGAGCUGCCUUCUGCCUCUGGAGGUGGCCUGGGAGGUCCCUGGAAGCCCAGGUCUGCUAAGCUAUGCAGGGGGACUUCAUCCGAGACGUCGUAGAAAUCUUCCACCACGUCCGCCAUGUCUGGCCCGCUCACACCUCGGUUUCUUAUUCUUCCGCCCCAUAUGCUUGCGGACACCGUCUGCUAUGUCCAGGGCAGUUUGUGCUCCAGAAAGGCUUCCUUUUUUAUUUUUUUUGUGCUUCGGCGACCGCUCUGAUCGUGAGUUAGCUCCUCCCCCAUCUUACAGAUUUUUAAUAGAUAACUCCCUAAUUUGUUAUGCUGGACUGCUAUGUGUAAAGAUCCAAUAUUGGGGAGCACACACAGAUUAUCAUUUACACAUAUAUACAAUUUCAGAGACACACACAAACUCACACAAUGUCUAUUUAUUUAAAGAAAUCUACCCAGCCUAUGGAGUGGAUCCUCUCCCUAAUGGACAUUAGGGCUGCUGGGAGCAAUGUGCUCCCAUCACAGCUCCCAUCCAUGCUUUGUUGUUAUGCUGAUGCUGGCAUCACUAUUAAGAUCGUGCAUAUGGAUGGAUGCCCAUGAAUUUAUCAUGGGCAUUAGCGAUCCUGAACAUUGCAGGAGGUUGGCCUUCUAAGGCCCCACGGUACAUAGAUUGAUGACCCCUACUCUACCAGUCUACCUUCCAAAAUAAUUUGUGUUGCUGUAGAGUCAUUUAUUGUACUGAUUUCUGAUUGCAGACUUUUAAAUUAAAGUGGACCUGUUAUUAUAUAUUAUGUAGAUACUUAUUAUUCAGGGGACUUUUUUGCCACUCCAGAUUAGUUCAGAAGAGGCUUAUUUGUACAGAAUUUCUGCAUGACAGGUCUGUGUUUUAAACAUCAGUUAUGAUUUGUGUUGUCAGAACAAUCCAGUUGUUAAAGGAGUAUCCCUACCAAGUCUCUGAAAGUAAAUUGUGACAGUUUAGUUAAUUUGCCAUGUAUGAUACACUGACAGAAUAUCUGAUCUGGUAGGAAUGUUACAAUUGUAUCAUCAUUUGUGCUCUCUUUCACUGCAGGUGGAGAUUUAAAGCUGCAGUCUGUGUACUCUCUGCAGUCACCACAGUAAUGGCUUUUGUGAAGCCUGCAAUCAACAACAUAUCGUUAAUGAUGCUUGGAAUUCCAUGCACCGUUCUACUCGUUAGUGAGCUCAAAAGGUGGGAUAUUUUACACACGGCCAUGGUUAUUUGCUAAAAUUCCCUGCAUAUUGAAUAACCUUGAAAGUGACAUUAAUAUAUACUUCUUGCCAAUAGAACAAGUGAUGUGGCUGUAUACUUUAUAGCUUUGUGCAAGGUGAUCACUGUUACAUAUCUUCAAUAAACAUCUUAUCUUGGUAUUCAAAAAAAUGUGUAUGCUUAGCAUCAUGGGAAAUGUAGUACAUCUGGGGUGCCAAAAUUACCCAUGUCUGUUCUAUGUAAUAGUUAUGAUUAUAUGUGCCAUUUAUAUAAUAUAUAUUUUUUUGUGACUCGUUGAACAUAAUGGGCCAUUAAUAUAUAUAUAUCUCAAAACUUUAUGAAGAUUUUAUUUAUUUUGAUAUUGCCAUUAUUAGACACUUGCCACCAUAUCCCAUCCUUUCCAAACUCUUUAAAAAAACACUCAGUGUACCAUAUUAACUUAAUAUAAAUUAAGUGUUUAUGGUGCCAGGAGGUCCCUGGUGCUGGCUUUCCUUUAGAGGUUAAGUAGUUCACAAACAUUUUAGCCCCAAAGUCUGUGCCCCACUGCAGUUCUGUUCUGCCCUCUGCCCUUUCUGAAAUUCUUCAUAAUGGAAGGUUCGGACACCAUUGAGCAGGAGCUCUGCUGAUUGGCUUAGAGCUGGUCAGCUGACUCUCUAAACAAAUUAGUAUCUCACCAAUUAUAAAAAACAGCUUGAAACAGUACUUUUGAAGUUAAACCAUUUGUGAAUGUUUUAACCCCUAAAGUUAAGCGAAUGCCUAGUACUCCUGGCACCAUAACAACUUAAAUUCGAUCAAGUUGUUAUAGUACUCAGAAAGGUCCUUUAAUUCACCUGCUAUAUCUUAUCAUUUUAAAUAAAAGACAUAAGUGUGACCCCAACUAUUUACAAUAGGAAUUAAACAUUUGUACUAAAUAUUUGUACUACCCAGCGCCGCCAUCAGGGAAUGACAACCAUGACGGUUGUCAUGGGCACGGUGGUCCUGGGGGACCCAGACUGCUCAGGGAAUCCCAGGCCCCACAUUACCUAGGUGCAUAUAUAUAUAUAUAUAUAAAUAUAAUAUAAUAUAAUAUAUAUAUUUAUAUUUGCAUCUUUGGGCCCCCCGCUACCUGUAUUCAGCAGGGGGCCAAGCACAAUCGAAAUAUACUUCCCAACUGCUCUGCUCUGUCUAAGCAAUGCGAGCCAUGCGGAGCGUUGCCAUGGUAACCCAUGGCAACACUGACGAUUACGGCCCUCACAAGACUUAGACAGAGCAGAACAGUUGGGGAAGUAUAUUUCGAGUGUGCUGGGCCCCCUGCAGAAUACAGGCAGUGGGGGACCCGCACCAUGCCACCAGACCACCAGGAAAUGUGAUCUCCCCCCUCCCUGGCCACAGGUAAAAUGCAGGGAGGGCGAAAUAAAAUAACACUUAUUACAAUAAAUGGAAGAAAAAUAAAUAAAUACUGUAGGCUUUUCACCCCACAUUAUACAGCCCCAUACAUUUACACACACUAUAUACUAACAUUUACACACACUGUACACCAUGGGUCAUCAACCUGGUCCCUACCGCCCACAGGUGGGCGUUUCAGGAUUCCAGGUGGGCGGUAGGGAUUUUCUAAUUUUGCGAGAUUGGGUGGGCGGGCGGGUGGGUGCGAGCCGGCGGUACCCCUGCACGUCACUCCUCCCAGGUAACACACAGACCGUGCGGGAGGAAGACCAUCCACCUGAGCCACCACUGGACCCCAGGGAAAGUCACCCUCCUGCACCGAAAAGGUAGGAAACAGGAGGGUGACUAAAAUAUUUUGUGUGUUUGUUUGUGUAUGUGUCUUUGUAUGUAUGUCUUGUGUGUUUCUGUCUGUAUGUAUGUGUGUUUUUGUAUGUGUCUUUGUAUGUAUGUGUGUGUCUUUGUAUGUGUCGUGUGUGUUUGUAUGUGUGUCUUGUCUUUGUAUGUGUUGUGUGUAUGUGUCUUUGUAUGUAUGUUUUGUGUGUGUCUGUCUGUAUGUCAUAUAUAUAUAUAUAUAUAUAUGUAUGUGUGUCUUGUCUUUGUAUGUAUGUGUUGUGUGUGUAUGUACGUGUCUUUGUAUGUGUGUCUUGUGUCUGUCUGUAUGUGUGUAUGUAUGUGUCUUUGUAUGUAUGUCUUAUGUGUGUGUCUUUGUAUGUGUGUGUGUGUGUGUCUGUAUGUAUGUGUGCCUGUCUGUUUGUAUGUAUGUGUCUUGUGUGUGUCUGUAUGAAUGUGUGUGCCUGUCUGUCUGUAUGUAUGUAGGUAUGUAUGUGUGCCUGUCUGUUAUAGUGGGCUAUAGUAAGUAAUAGUAAGUGGGAUACCUAGCUCAGCCUUCCUACUGGGCCUUGCUAUAAGGAAGGUUAAAAAAAAAAAUUUCAAAAGGGGGAAAAAAAGGUGGGGAGGGGAAUUGAAGAGGGAGAGGAGGGGAGCUGACACACAGAUGAGAAAUCAUAUUAUGCGCAAACAGAGAAGUCGUCUGAAUAUCACCAAAAGAGGAGACCUUCGUUUGUUCCCUACGAAAAUCGAACCAGAUAUCAAAUAUUUAGUCUUGCAGCAUCAACCUCAAGGAUCUCAUUAAUCACUAGUAAAGGUAAUUUAAAUUUACUUUAUUGUUUUCUCAUUAAACUUUAUAAAGUUAAAAACAUUGUAAACAUGCAUUAAGUAGAAAUAAAAAGAUAAAUGUAUGUACAUUUAUUUUUUUUUAAACACCCUAAAACUGGUGGGCGGUAAGGAAAAUUUUCCAUCAAGAAAGAUGCAUUAGUAGGCGGUAGGUAGAAAAAGGUUGACUACCACUGCUAUACACUAACGUUUACACACACUUUACACUAUACUACAACAUUUACACACACUACAUCCUUACACAAACUAGCAGUCACUACACAAACACACACUCUGCAGUCACUACACACACUACAUCCUUACACAAACUCUGCAGUCAUUAUGCACACUACAACCACUACACAAACACACACUCUGCAGUCAAUAUACAGCCACUACACAAACACACACUCUGCAGUCACUACACACACUACAUCCUUACACAAACACACUCUUCAUUCACUACAUAUACUACAUUGACUGCACAACACACACACUACAUCCUUACACAAACACACACGCUGUAGUCACUACACAUACUCUGCAGUCACUAUACACACACUACAUCCUUACACAAACACUGUGCAGUCACUAUAUACACACACACACACACACACACUACACAAAGACACACUCUGCAUCCACUAAACACACACAUACACUACAUCCUCACUCACUGCAUUCACUAUACAAACACUACAUCCACACACAAACUCUGCAUUCACUUUACACACACACACACCGCAUAAAAUACACACAAACACUACAUCCACUACACACACACACCCUGCAUUCACUACACACACACACACACACACACACCGCAUAAAAUACACACAAACACACACUCUGCAUUCACUAUACACACCACAUAAAAUACACACAAACACUACAUCCACUACACAAACACACAUUCUGCAUUAACUAUACACACACACACUACAUCCACUGCACAAACGCACACUGUGUACUAUACAUACUGCAUCUAAUACACACACACACUACAUCCAGUACACAAACACACACACACACACACUCUGCAUUCGCUAUGCACACAUGCUACAUCCAGUGCACAAACACACACACACACAAUACAUCCACUACACAAACACACAUACACACACUACAUCCACUACACAAACACACACACUCUGCAUCUAAUAUACACUUUAUACAUUGCACAAAUGUACAGUCGGCAUACACUCUACACACUGCAUGCAUUACACAUACACACACACACCGCAUCCACUUUAUACACGCACUCUGCAUCCACUAUACACACACCACAAUCAGUACGGGUGAGACGGCCCUUUGGGCGGACUCCUGGGGCAGCUGCCCUGUGGGCGGACUUUGGGGGCGGCGGCCCUGGUACUACCGAUACCUUAGUUUGAGCUUCACAUUCCCCUGUGUAAUACAGGCAAAUCACCAAAGUGUGAAUUGUCAUGUAUUCAAAAUUAAUUUCAAGUUUACACCAAAAUAGCUUAGUUGGAAACAUUCUUCAAAACAGUUAUGUUUUCAGUUAGGGUGUUUCACUUUCACUUCCUCAUAAGUUAUAUUUUAGUGUAUGACCCUGAAUCUGUUUCAUUCUCUCUCCCUCUGAUAAAUUCAGCGUUUGUAGGGCUACCAGUAGAGCCUCUCAUUGGUGUCAGGAAUGCAUAGUUAAUCAGAGAUCCCAGUUGGUCCUUUAGUCCAGGCUUCCUCAAACUCCAGCCCUCCAGAUGUUGCUGAACUACAACUCCCAUGAUUCUUAGCCUAUUUCAUUCAUAGAAUCAUGGGAGUUGUAGUUCAGCAACAUCUGGAGGGCCGCAGUUUGAGAAAGCCUGCUUUAGUCCAUUAACAUGACCAUACUGCCAUGAUUUAUGUGGGCCUUAAAGAGACAGCAUUUUAUGUCUUGUUGUUUUAUAUUAACAGGAGCCGUUUGUCAGCUAGGACUGGUGUAAACCAAAUGUUUGGACCCAGUAUUGUCCUAAACAGAUUUAAACCUUGAACAUAUGCAGUAUUUUCAAUAUCAAGAGAUGUAAAUGAAUGUGUUUGUGGUAGUAUUCAACUUGCAUGCUAGUGCUACUAUAGCAAAGUAUGUUUUCUCUUUUUUUUCCCCUUUUGUUUGCUUAGUAAGACUAAUGGGUCCCACUUGGAAAUGGGAUUAAUACCUUCAAAAAUUAUAUACAAUUUGUAUAGGAUCGGUCUGCUGAUUGCCAAACUGCAAACUAAUAAUUUAAGGCAAUCAUGACUGAAUUUGAUGUACUAAAAAUGGCAAAAAGUACUGUGUGCAGCAAAGGCUUCUUUAAGACGUAAGGCCAUUUAAGUGCUUGUGUAACACCUGCCCCUAAACGUACAGUCUUACAAGUUCUGUAAUGUGUACAAACAUUUUAUUUGCACUGUGCACAUUUCCACUCUGCCCAGUUGUGUGGAUGUGGAUAUGUAGCAGAGUUUUAGCAUUGUCAUUGUUAGAGCCUUGUCAAAUCAUGUUUCCUAGAAAACUGACUUGUGAUUAUAUUCUAAUCUGGGUCUUCAGUCUGUCUGCUUUACAUACAUCCGGGAAAAUGGAUGAUGGGUGAUAUACAAUCAGUUGUCAAAAUGUUGUUUCUUAGUCUAGGGCAGGGGAAGGGAACCUUCGGCACUUCAGAAGUUGUGGACUACUUUCCAUCAUUAAGAGCAUUAUGAGAUCUGUGGUCUACAACAUGUGGAGUGCCAAAGGUUGCCUACAUCUAGUCUAGGGAAAAAAGUAAUUAUAUUGUCAAAAUCUAUAGUUCAGUCUUAGAACUAAUUACAAUACUUUUGUGUAAUAACAAUGCAAGUAAAUAAAUCUAAAACUUUUAUAAAGCAUAGCCACAUAACAAAGAAAUCCAAGCUAAUUAUCUGCUCUCUGGUGUAAAUUGUUAAUUUAAAUAAACACAUCAAAUGUUUUACGUGCAUCUAUCCUGGCAAACAUGACUUGAUGUCUGUUUAAAGGGAUACACGUUGAGCUAGGAGGUUCAUAAGACACAGGUCCAUGUGCCCCUAUGAUAGAGCUAUAAAUAAUAAAGUGGGGGCAUAGUAUUCCCCACUGCCGCCAUGAUUAUUUGCUAAAGUUAGAAUACAAAGUGAAUUCAUAUGAAAGCAUUGGAUUCACUUCUGAUACUCUCAGCCAAAGAGGCAGGGCAGGGGGUGGAGCCAAACUCUGAACUGGCCAAUUAACAUCUCCUCAUAGAGAUGCGAUUGGUCAUUGGCGCCAUUAAUUAAACUGAAUGGGGGGACUAAGACCAAGUUCCCACUGAGGAGCGGCAAGUGGGUGGAUCUAAUUGUAAUAACUCAGGGGACUUCAUGUUCCCUAGACUCCCACCCAUGGGCAUUGAAUGUGGGCUAUUAAGUUAUAAAUAAAUGGGGGGACCUAUGUUCUCACAUCCUCCAUCCAUUGACAAUGGGUUGGGGCUAUUAAAUAAAUAUUACUGGGUGGAUCUAGUGCACCCCCAGCCCUUAUACACUGGUGACAGCCAGGCUAUUAAUUUAAUAUAAACCAGGGGAACCUAGUGUGUCUCCCAAUAACCCACCCAUAGAAGACGGGUGGGAGCUAAUAAUAUAAUAUACAUGGGAAUACACAGGGAAUGGACAUUUGUGGACAGUUUAAAUACCCCCUUCAGUGGCACGGGGUCCCCAUGCCUCUAGCUACCCUCAUUAAAAAUACUUGCCUACCCUGCUCACUCUAAUAAUACUGACUGAAGGGUCCCAAUAAACAAAAUUUGUGUUAAAAAAAAUUAUACAAGAGAUGCCUUUUUUCUUUCUUAAAACGGAUUUUCUUUAAAACCAAAAUUAAACAAAUUAAAAAAAAAAAAAAAAAAAAGUACUCUGAUUGGUUGGUUUUCAAGCCAACCAAGUAUAUCACUUUGACUGACAUUGCAUAGCACGUUAAAGCCUUUAUAAGGUAUUUUCCCUCUCUGCAAGCUCAGUCUAUGCAGAGUCCUCAAGAUGCCAACUUAAAUCUAUUAUUCAGGCGUUUUUUGUUAUUUCCAGGAGUUUCCACCCCCCCCACAAUAUAGUCCUUUAAAAAAAAAAUGUUUUUACUAGGUAUGAUGGGACUUUAAUGGUUUGCUAUAUGUCCUUUUUAUAUGCCAUACCUGAUACUUUGAACCAUCUUCUUUAUAAUAUUAUCAACUGUUUUAUUUAACAUAAUUUAUAUUAGAAAACACUAACCGUUUUUAGUAAUUGUAUGUUCAUUGGGGUACUAUUAUAAAAUAAUGCAUUAAGGGUUUAUACACUAAACGCAUAAAUAAUAAUGUAUAAUUCACUAAACAUAUCAUGACCUAUUUAGUGUCCAAGACAUCAUACAAUUAAAUUUUCCCAUGGCACAGCUUUUAAAAAAAUUAUAAUUUGGCCUUUUUGGGUCUGUGCAGAAUAAAAGGAAAUCCUUUUCAUUGUUUAAUUGCAGUUGAAUUAUCAUGUAGUCCAGUAUUAGAGGAAAUACAAGUUCCAGAUUUGGUCUCUUUUCAUUUUAUUGUUUAAAAACCACAUGUCUUCUUCCCAGAAAUCUGCAGACACAGUUGGUAUCCAUCCCUUUAUCGAUCAAAUGCUAUACAUACUGUGAGAAUUAGCCUGGCACACAGUGAUAACAUUUUGAAAAGUAUGGGUAUGAAAAGUUAAUUGCUGUUUAUACGAUAACUGGAGGGUGCCUUCCAGCACUGUUAAAUAAGGCCAAUGCAAAAAUCUUUCCAGGGAGUCAUGUAUAAAGAAUUACGCCUGGAGCAAACAUGAGAAAUACAGUCAAUACUCAAAAAAGUAUUAAACAAGUGUAUGUCGUAUUAGACCGACAAUAUCCAAAUCUUAGAUUACUAGUAAUACCUAUAAUUUACUUGCCACAGAUAGCUGUUCGCCCCAAAGUAUCUCUUGACCCCUAGUUGGACAGUUUUUUUUGUAGACUAUAUUCUUGCAUGCUUUGAAUGCACUGGACCUUUUAUCAGACAAACAAGGUGCAUAGUGCAGUGUGACACAGACUAGUACCUUUUUUGCCUUGUUAAAUAAGGUUCUUUUAAAAUAGCAUCCUACAAAGGGUCAGUGAGCCCAGAGUACUCUCAGCUGAUUUGGAUAUUGAUUUCAGUUGGCCACUUUUGCCUAAAUAUUUGCUCAUCAGGCAAACUCAUCACAGGUAGAUAAACACAUGAUCACAAAACUCAGAUGCCUUUAUAUUACUUAGUAAGGUGUUUAGAAUAUUUCCACGGAUCUCUUAUGCCCAGUUUCCACUGAGCGGUACGGUUCGGGUCAGUACGGUCUGGUACGCUAUUUUGAGUGUUUCCAUUAUGAAAGUGGCCCAUACAACCGAACCAAACCGCGCCAUUCCUGGGCCCCCUCCAGAUGUAGGUCCAUAGGAAAUGGUACGGUACGGUUAGGGCGAAGCUACUGGCGUCACACUAUACAAUCCAUUGAUUGGCGGAAAGGAAAACAUCAAUGCUCACGACAAAUGACACUUGGUAUUUGGUCUACACCCCGCAUGCCCCCUGGCGGUCCGACUUGCAGUGGAAACUUUCACCUGACUAGGCUGGACCAUUCUAACCCUUCCGAACCGUACCGACCCGAACCAUUGCGCUCAGUGGAAACAAGGCGUAAGAGAUAAAUCAAGUUUAACCCCAGUAGUAAUGUUAAAAUGAAGAUAUUGCAGCAAAAUGUCUAAAAGGGGGGAAUGUUAAAAGGUAUUGGGUGUUUAAAACAUGAACUUAAGACAAGGAGGCAUACAGGAGGCAUGGGUGAUCCAUUCACCCUUUGGAGAAAUACCUUUCUUCCUCUUCAGUCCUCUCUUAGUCGCUUCCUAUUCUUUACUCCUGUUUCUCCUUGACCUUAUUUUAGGUCAGUUGUUUGACCUGUAUUUCUAUUACAUUAUAUUAAAAGGGACAAAUAUAAUUUAUUGUCUGUCAUGUUUUCUUAUACACGUUAUAUGAUUUAUGUGAUAUCUUUCAUAUACAAAGAAGUUAACACAAAACAAAAAAAGUCAACUUAAAAGCAAGUCUUGCUCAUUAACUGCAACCUGUAACCAUGGGUUUCCUUAACCUAAUACCUACAGUGGCAAUCAUAAUUUUGAGACUGGUGAAGUCAUUAUUAGUUGCAUUUUAAGUUGAAUUUGGGGAAACCACUUGAGGCAUUCAUUGUGUUGAGGUGUUUUUAUGUGAUUUGUUCAUUGCAAACAGCUGAAAGUCUGUCAAUUUUGACAAUAAACCUGGUUUUUAAUGGACUUUGAAUAAUUCUGAUUAUAAUUGUGUAUGUGUAUAUAUAUACACACACACAUACAUACACACACACACACACACACUUCAAGGAGGUUGUAUUUUCGUGCAGCUGAGCACCGGGCCAAUAUAUGGAGGAAGACUGGAGUGCAAAACGUCUACCAAACUGUAUGUGUGUAAUAUAUAUAUAUAUAUUUGAAAUAGCGUCAUUUUUACUUUGUGCAUACCUAUAUUUAUUUAUUUUGCUUUUGCAGAUGUGACAAUAUGCGAGUGUACAAGCUAGGUUUGAUGUCUGGGUGCUGGUGGAUGUUGGCGUUAGUCUGUUGGAUCAGUGACAAGGCCUUCUGUGAAUUAUGGUCAUAUUUCAACUUCCCCUACCUCCACUGUGUUUGGUAAGCUUCUUCCCAUGACAAUUAAUUAAUCUCAAACUAGCUAUAAAAGUUCAUGAAGAGUCUUCAGUUUCUCUUGUGUAUGAAAAAUGUAGAGAUUACCCUCCCAUUCCACAUAGUAUUGGUAGUAUUUGUUCUUUUCCUCACACAUUUUUUAGGAUUUCCUUCUCUUUUCUUGACUUUAACAUUAUAAUUGCAUACAUGUGUAUAUAUAUAUAUAUAUAUAUAUUAUGUUGCAAUAAAGUAAUGAAGAAAAACUUAUCUGCUCUAGCCAUGUUCUCUACUCUACCAUCAUUUUGGACGGAGGAUCUCACAAUGACCAACCAAAUGUAUCUCCAUAGCUUCUUUGGAUUGACAGUCACUUGAGGCACACAACACAGACACAAACUCAUAAAUGUAAACAUUGGCUAUUUCACAAAUGCGUAUGUAUGUCACAGUAAAGGGACUGCAUGUAGGCACCUGAGCACUAUAUUAAGCUGUAGUGGGUUUUGGUGCAUAGAGUUGACUUUUAAGAAACUGAUAUCUACGUAACAAAACUGUAACGUAGUAAGUGCUACGGAAUUUGUUGGGGCUAUAUAAAUGCCAAUGAUAACAAUAAUAUUAAUAAUAAUUUUCACUGUCAUGUAUGAGCAUAAAGUUACUUUUUUGGCUAAAGCAAUCAAUAAAUAAAAUGAAUUAGCUUUACUGUUAUAAUAGAAAUAUUUAACAGUAUCAGCUAGGCACUAAAUGUAUUCAGAAAGACUGUGGGCAUACAAGUGAUAUUAUUGUAAGCAGAGCCCAUGUCAACCACAGCACACAGGGUCUGGCCUGCCAGCUGCUUUGAGUUGUAGUACCCAGUUGCUGAAGGUUGUCCACACAUGGACACAAGGUUGUUCUCAAACCUAAAGGUGAUUUAAAAAAAACAUUUUCAUAUUCCUUUAUUUAUAAAGAAUGAACAGCUUCUGGGGGGUGUGACAGCAUUAGAAUGAUUAAAUUAGCACAUACAUUAAGACAAAGCUCAACUAGCUAGUUCAAACAUAUAUACAUUCUAGAAAGUAAUGCGGGUUUGGGCCAAGAGAGGUGAUGUUUGGUGGGUGAUGUACUGAUUUUUUAAAGAAAUAUGUAAAUACAUUAAAUAUAAAAGAAGAGAGUGGAGAUUAUUAAAAUGUUCUGUUUUAAAAAUGUAAAAAGAAGGAAUCACCAAUUUUAGCACCUUAGAGCACUUUUUAGAACAAAACAAAAAUUAUUAAUCUCCCCCUAUGAGUCAGAGAAAUAUAAAAUAAUUCUAUAAAACAAAAUAAAAUUGCUAAUUCUAACUUAAUUUAUUGAUAGGAAAUAGCUGCAUUCAAUAUAUGACCACUUUCACUUACGCAGUAAACAACCUUUUAAUCUUCAUGUUAAUUGUGCUCUUUGGUUUUCCUAUUAUCUAUCGUCAGUAGAUUCUGUACGUUUAUGCUACAUCUGUGACUAUAUACGUUUUCUAUACGGAGAUACUUUUGUUACAAUUUUUCCAAUGAAAGUUGUUUUUGUAAAUUGCUACAUGUAGAAUAGUUUAUACCUUGUAUACUUCCCAAAGUGUGUAAAUGCAGAGACAUUGAUGUAAAUAAGGACAUCACUUGGGCUCAGAGGAAGUCUUCAGUGUGUGCUGAUUAGGAGACUCUACAAACACUGCUAAUCACUUAUCUUUUCCCUUACAGGCAUAUCCUAAUCUGCCUUGCUGCAUAUCUGGGAUGUGUAUGCUUUGCGUACUUUGAUGCUGCAUCUGAAAUCCCAGAACAGGGGCCCGUCAUCAGGUUCUGGCCUAGUGAGAAGUGGGCUUUCAUUGGGGUACCUUAUGUCACCUUACUCUGUGCGCACAAGAAGUCUCCACUGAAAAUGACAUGAAAACUGCAAAUAGCAUUACUUUUUUUUUAUCAAUGAUAAUUUAACUGUCAACUUGCACACGACUGCCCGAUGCUCUCAGUUCUACCUUUCAUGGUGUGUGAUCUACCUGACUUUUUGGAAUUACUUGUGGUGAAGCUCAAUUAAAGAGAUCUAUUUAUUUACAGUUUUUUUUAAUUUAUAUUGUUUCACAUAACUUAAUGCACAGAGGAACAAUCAUAUUUUAUUAAAUUACUUUCCAGUAUUCAAAUGGAUUUAAAUGCUUGGAUAUAAUUAUACUUAUUUAUGGGUUUAACAGGAAACAUGGGAGGUGAUACUUAUUAGAAAUGUGGACACUGAGCCUACAUUUUAGUUUAUUUGAUUAGUAUUUUAUUAUUAAGAUUGAGAUUUCUCUCGUUUUCAAGUAUGUCAUGGGCUUGCAGACUUCUGGUGGUUGAAGAUAUGUCAGUUGCUUAUAUGACCAGGUGAAGUCACCAUUUAUAGUGACACUUUCUUACAUUCUUCUGCGUUUUCUAAAGUACAACGUCUUUUCAUAAUGAGAACUUUCUAUGCAGUCUAUAAAUGCAGAAACAAUCAAAAUAUUGUAAGCUAGUAAUUAGUAAUGUCCCGAACUGUUUGCCACGGUUCGCCGCGGACUCCAGUCAGCUGACACAUUCCAGCCAAUCAGCAGCAGACCC